AUGGGUGGACGAGACGCGACUCCGCUGGCGCGAAUAGAUGCGCCUAGACGCGGCUCGUCCCUACGGGCAACGUUUACAAAUACGGCCGUGGAAUCGAGCGUCGUACGUCCGAACAUCGGGUGUUGGAUUACGGCGGCCGUGAUUGAGAUAUUCGCCGUUCCCAGUCAACGCACGCGGCUAGAGUGGGCCGAGAUCAAUACGAGGAACGAAUUGUACUUG